AUGUUUUUCAACGGAGCGGCAAAAAGGUGGGAAGAAAGGUCAGCACUUGAGAGGCUUGCUUCGGUAGGAGUCAAAAAUAAAAGGCUCAAGAAGGAACUGCACUCGAAGAAUGGAAAGGCAGACUAUGAAAGCGCUAAUACGAUUGUUCUCGAAGCAAAGGCCCAUACAGUAUUGAAGAAAACAAGAAAGAGUGAUCAAGAGAAGUUGUCCUAUUUUAAGGGAGUAGGAAUUGGGGUCGUCCUAAUUUUGGAAUCAGGACAACACUAUCAUAUAUCAUCAAAGAUAGGAUUCCCUUGUACCAAUAAUAUGGCUGAAUAUGAAGCAUGCAUCCUUGGGAUCUUAGUGACAGUCGACAUGAACAUCAAAGAGCUUUUUGUCAUAGGGGAUUCCGAUAUAUUGAUACACCAAGUCCAAGGGGAGUGGUCUACCAAAAAUGUCAAGAUCAUUUCGUACCUGCAUUGUGUAAAAGAGUUAUGCAAGAAGUUCAUGAAGAUUGACUUGAAGAACGUUCCCAGGAUCCAGAACAAGUUCGUUGAUGCCCUUACAACUCUAUCAUCCAUGAUUCAGCAUCCAGACAAGAAUUAA